CUUCUUAGUAUAUUUCAUUUCUUUUUUUUUUUUUUAACGAAUUCAUAUCCGGAAAAGAAAAAUAUCAUUUUUUAAAAGUUGACAACCUUUCACUCGUAUAAACGAAACCUCAUCUCUUUCAAAUGGUAAAAGACGAAAUUCAUUUCUUCGAUCAGUUCUUUGCUUUUACUUCGAUUCACAGUUGCAGACUUUUGUAUGUAGACUAAGACCGACACAGUUAUCAUACACACGAUGUAAUUCAGAGGUGAAUUGUAGCUUGUCGGGCUAUGCAAGUGGUAGGGAUAAAAGCUAUAUAAGAGAACGUAAGUCAGCAUUGGUUUUAUAGUAGAGCUAAGUUCUCUUUGUGUUGUGUGUGAACUUUUUCUAGCUCUUAAACAUGAAACUUUGUACGAUACUUUACUUACUCUUCGUCGUUGCUAAUGGUGAAAAAAAAAUUAAUUUGGAGGAUAUCGAGAGGGACAAUCUCAAAGCCGAAAGUAGAUCGAAGUCGGACGAAACGAAGUAUUCGUUGAAGCCAGAAAUAAAUCAACAACAUUAUUCUACUUCCACUUAUGUAACACCACAGCCAGUUCCAAAUGUACCACCGGAAGAGUACAGACAAUCUAAUAAAUAUUCACCGAAUGAAAUAAUUUAUCAGCAAAGUAGUCAGCCAUUGCAACAAUACACCGAAUAUCAACAACAAACUGGCGUUGCAUCGAAAAACCUUCCAACGAUUUAUAAUUCUCAACAAUCGAUUUAUCAGCCAGAAAUUAACGUUGGUAAUCAGGUGCAAAGUUUUCAACAAAAAGCUAUAACGCAUAAAUUUAUUAAAGGUCCGAACAAAGAAAACUUUUACAUAGAUAUUCCUAUGGGGCAUUUUUUAUCCUAUUAUCCACACGUCGAUCUGAGUAACUUAAAUGGUGGAAAAGUUCAACCUUCCUUUCACGAAUUAACGCAGGCCCAACAGAUUUCGAUUCCUUUUUACACUCCGUUAUUGAGUCAGAAACAAUUGAUCACUCCGGUGAAGAUGACUUAUCAAAUUUUACCACAAUAUACCUUAAGGCAACCUAUUCCGGUAUCAACCACGGUAUUCCCUAAGUUCUCGAAGGGUCCGAUUUAUGCAUCGAUUUCUUCAAAGAAACCAAUUGCACCUGUUUACGAACAACCGGAACAAUCAUAUACUCAAGGAAAACAAUUGUUAUACACGCAAGCUUACAUUACUCAGUCACAUUCACAACAACAACAACAACAACAACAACAACAACAACAGCAGCAACAUGUUUCUCCAGUAAUAUAUAAUCAAGGCAAUACCCUAUACACGCAAACGACGCCCCUUCAGGCAGAUCUUUACGUUCGAUCACCUGUUUACGUACAAGAUAAUUCUCUUCAUGGUCAAAUAAAUCAAUACAGUGGUCAAACGGAGCAAUCGUAUCUUUCAUCAGCAUCUGAUCAACAACUGCCAAAGCAAAUCUUGCGUCAAGAGGAAAGUCAAAGCGUUUCGCAAAAUUACGUCAAGGUUCCCGAUGAACCAAAUACAGAUUUUGUUCCACCGCAAAUACCUCAUCAGACUUUCAAACCAGAUGUCACUCAAUUGAUACAAGUUCCUUCGGAACCUGAAGAAUCUCCGCAAAUUAAAGAGCAUGUCGUUAGUUCCGAACCACGAUCGUUAUUGGAUACAUAUAUUCCGAGUAACCUGAUUGCUGCACAAGAUUCGUCGAGAUACCGAGAGAGACCGUUGCACUUGGAAAGCGGCUUUCUUCCUUCGAAAACUAAUUUUGUACAAUACAAGAAACGUAAGACGCAAUAAUGGCGUAUAGGAUAUAGGACCAUCGAAAAAAAAAGUAAUACAUAUUAUACAUAGAUAUAUAAACGACUAACGAACUUCGAGGAGCAUCUGAUUUUUAUGUUAAAGAAAAAGAAAAAAAAAAACAGAAAAAGGAAAUUAAAAAAAAAGUUCGUUUGAUGAUACCUAAUAAAUAAUUUUAUCGUUUUAUUACAAUGAACGAAGCGAUAAUCUUUCGAAGAUGUAAUGGCUUGACAUAAGAAGAAGCAACAUCGUAUCUAGUCCCUCAUCGAAAAUCACAAUACGUGUAAUUUUUGUAUUUGCUUUACUUAUUGUUUAUACGCAUGUGCGUACAUACGCUGUGCAUUUUUUUGUCUUUUUUAAAUAAAAUGUAAUAAACUGA